AUGACACCCAACACUGAUGUCACUCACCAUAAGAAACUGUUUCAUGUCACUGCUACCAUCAAGCAGACAAACAACCCUUCUCAUCCACGGCUGUAUUUUGAUAGCGCAGAUGUUCAUGGAUUAAAACAAAAGUCCCAUGCCACUCAUUUACAUUUAUUUAGAGCAAUCAAAAAUGCUGUUAGCAAGAUGUUGGCUAAUCCAUCUGUGUACCUGCCUCCUCAGAAGCAUUCUGAUUUUGCAGCCAAGUGGAAUGAGAUUUAUGGGAAUAAUCUGCCACCCUUGGCACUGUACUGCCUUCUUUCUCCAGAUGAUAAAGCGUCAUUUACUUUUGUACUAGAAUAUAUGGACAGAAUGGCAGACUACAAAGAUUGGUUUGUUCAAAAUUCCCCUGGGGAUGAAGUCCCAGUUGCACACUCUUUAUCUGGUUUUGCCACUGCAUUUGACUUUUUGUAUCAUUCACUUGACCGAGACAGAAGAAAAAAAUAUUUAAAAAAAAUUGAGACUGUGAGUAGUGAAAUGUAUGAAUAUUCCAAAGUUCAUUCAUGGGGUAAACAGUUCUUACACAACCAUCAAACCACUAACAUGAUUGCAUUGCUCACUGGUGCACUUGUUGUGGAAGAGUAUAAAUUAAGCCAGGCAAGCAUCUGGAAGGAAAUUGCUAUUGAUGUGAUGGAAAAGACAAUGUUUUUGCUAAAUCACGUGGUAGAUGGUUCUCUUGAUGAAGGAGUUGCAUAUGGAAGCUACACAGCAAAAUCCAUUACACAGUAUGUUUUCUUAGCACAACGACAUUUUGGCAUUAAUCAUUUAGAGAACAAUUGGCUGAAAAUGCACUUUUGGUUUUAUUAUUCUACUUUGUUGCCUGGUUAUCAGAGAACUGUUGGAAUAGCAGAUUCUAAUUACAACUGGUUCUAUGGCCCAGAAAGCCAGUUGAUAUUCCUGGAUACGUUUAUCCUGAAAAAUGGGGCUGGAAAUUGGUUAGCAGGUCAGAUUAGAAAGCACAGACCUAAGGAUGGACCAAUGGUACCAUCUGUUGCACAGAGAUGGAGCACGCUUCAUACAGAAUACUUGUGGUAUAAUUCUGAACUACUUUCACAUCCACCAACAGAUCAUGGUACACCAAAAAUGCAUUUGUUUUCCAAUUGGGGUGUUGUAACUUAUGGGGCUGGCUUGCCUCAUUCCCAGACUAACACAUUUUUUUCAUUCAAGUCUGGAAAGCUUGGUGGUCGAGCUGUCUAUGAUAUUGUCCAUUUUCAACCAUACUCUUGGGUAGAUGGCUGGAGAAGUUUCAAUCCUGGUCAUGAACAUCCUGAUCAGAAUUCUUUCACUUUUGCUCCAAAUGGACAAGUAUUUGUUUCAGAGGCUCUUUACGGUCCAAAAUUUAGUCAUUUGAAUAAUAUUUUAGUUUUUGCUCCAUCUCCUACGAGUCAGUGCAAUAACCCAUGGGAAGGACAACUUGGUGAAUGUUCACAGUGGCUAAAAUGGACAACUGAUGCUUCUGGAGAUGCAGCUGGUGAGAUUAUAACAGCAAGUCAGCAAGGGGAGUCUGUUUUUGUAAGCGGUGAAGCAGUGGCUUCCUACUCGUCUUCAAUGAAAUUAAAAAGUGUUUAUCGUUGUCUGUUACUUUUAAACCACCAGACUUUGCUUGUACUUGAUCAUAUUGAAAAGAAUGAAGACUCUCCAAUCUCUUUAGUUAGUGCCUUUUUUCAUAAUUUAGACAUAGAUUUCAAAUAUGUUCCCUAUAAACUUUUGAACAAAUUAAAUGGUGCUAUGAUGGACAUUUGGGAUGCACAUUACAAAAUGUUUUGGGUAGAUCAAAAUGGUAAUAGCCCUGUAGCUAAAAUUCAAGAAGCUGAACAGACAGCAGAGUUCAAAAAGCGAUGGACUCAGUUUGUAAAUGUUACUUUUCCAAUAAACCAAAAAAUUUCAAGGAUUGCAUAUUUAUUUCAUGGACCAUAUGUCAAUGUUUCAAAUCUAAGAUUCCUAGACAAUAGCAAAUAUGGAGUUAAACUCUCUGUAAAAAUAAAUGAUACAGAAAAUGUGGUGUCCAUGGUAACAGAUUAUAAUGAUCUCCAGGUCAGAUUUAAUUUUCUUGGCUUUGGAGGGUAUGCAAAAUUAGAAGACCAAAAUAAAAUCGUACAAUUUGGCCUGGGAACUGAGCAUAAAAGAAAAAUAAACUAA